UUUUUACGUUGCUGAUUUCACCAAUUACGAAAAGUGUAAGGCUGUGGUGUUGCAGGCCAAGCAAGAUAUCCUGAAAGGAUUACAGGGGGAGUCAGAUGUAGACGUGUCAAGUCUUGGGCUUGGUCGUUCAUCUUCGAAUUUGAUGUAUUCCUCGACGACGACCAUGCCCUCAUCAAGAACUACUUCUUCUCCGACUUGGGUGCCAGGCGAGUUUACCUCCGGUGUUGUAAAUGGCAGCAGUCUCUCCAACGUUGCAGCAAACCACACGCGUUGCAGUGGUGAUGAACAUCAUAUUGCAAGUGCAGGAGCUCACAGUCAGGGUCAUCAAAUGUUACAACAAGAUCAGCAUGAAGAACAAACGGCUACGCAUACGCUGUGUGCAUUGGAUCACAAUGGGGAAGACACGGGGACGCAUACGCAAUUGGGUCACAAUGGGUUGGAUUUCUUUGACAUAGUGACUUGUCAGAUGGCUUUGCAUUACGCGUUUGGGAGUCAUAGCGACGCGUCCAACUUCUGUCGCUUAGUGCGGGACUGCGCGAGGCCCGAGGGUUCGCUUUUCAUCGGAACUACCCUAGACAGCCAUAGACUGCACGAGAAGAUGACGCUUAGUCAAGAACAUCAGAAGGGUGGAGGCCACUCUGAUGCUGCGACGGUACAGAUGGGACAGCACCACCUUAGCGGAGGAGGUAUCAAAGGAGCAGGAAAGAAGGGAUGCAAGGGUAAUAGUAAAGGUCAACAAGAACAUCAGAGCAUGUCGCAUACUAGCAAGAAGUUUCCCAGUUCUUCUAAGAAAGAGGAUGAUAUGAUGCUGAUGAUGCAGUCGAUGAGUGCUGCAUUUGAUACUCCUUCAACAUCUUCCUCUUAUUCGUCUUCCUGCUCGACAGCUGGCAAUCCUAAUCAUGUGAGGGGCGCAAACGAGUUUGUUCUCAGCGACUAUGUGCGGAUCAAAAUGUCCGAAAAGGAAUGGAGCAAAUGGGGAGAUUAUCGACGGAAUAAACACAAGAGCUCAUCCUGCAGCAGCAACACGAUGCCUCAAGGUGGCAACCGGAAGAACACUCGUACUAUAGUUGACGACAGCGCGUUCGGCUUGACGUACACUUUCCACUUAAACGGUGCGAUUGAGGAUUGUCCCGAGUACAUCGUGGAUUUGGAGGUUCUCCGUAGGAUGCUACAGGGAGAUGGACUGCUGUUGCCGCCGACUCCGAAACCCAAAUUGCUGAAUAGAAGAGGCGAAACGAGAGCUGAAAGUGCGUUCCUAGACGCACUUUGUGGAGAAGCGAGUGAGGAAGAAACUACGUCUGCCUCUGGAAGUCCUCGUGAUGGCGGCGCAACCGGAAGUCCACACAACGAUAGAGACGAGAGGAGUCCGAGUUGGAGCCCUGACGAAAGUCGCCCUCUCGGGUCAUCUAGAAGAACUAUCGACGAAAAUCCAUUUCGUUACGUCCGCGGUGCGAAUGGAGCUUUAGUUCCUGCCCUUGGUCAUGUGUUACCACCAGGUGGAUCGUCUGGAGUAGCCUCGUCCUUACCUCUGCAGCCUGAAAAUUUCCCCAAGGUCGCUUCUUUUGGUGCCAACUGUAUCGAUUUUGGCCAGCAGCUUCUAGAGAUAGCAGAAGCAGAGUCAUCAAAACAAGUUCCGAUGGAUGAUCAUUCUGGAGAGCAACAGGAUUCUACUGCAUUAUCUUUGCAGAGGUUUCUCAGGGAAGAGGUCAUCUACUGCCCUAAUGAAGAAAAUUCGAUGGCCGUUGGGCGCGCAGUUGAACUGGGCGAAAGCAUAUUCAGGGUCUUGCGUACUAGUCGUAAAAAUUCGGGUACACCAGGUUCAGACUUCUUGUCACUAAAUGCUAAUAAAUCUUCACUAGGACCAGACCACGUGAGCAAGAAGCAUUUGAAUUUGAGACCUGCUAGUCGAGCAGUAAGUGAGCUCUACUGUGUUGUUGCUCAGGUGCUUUACGGUGGAUCGAAGAUUGCCGUUGGUGAAGGAGGUUGUAGAGGGAAACAUUAUUAAUUCUAAUGUCAUUGCCCUCACCCUCCCUGUUGCUCGCUACCCCGGACGUUUUUUUUAGGUGGACUUCGUACCCUUUUCCCCAUUCUUAACGACCACGACGUCAUCAACUUUUCUUUCAAAUUAUGAGGUCGGAGUACCAUGCGAGAAGGAGAACUAUAAAAGGACGACAGAACAAGAUGAAGAUAGGAUUCAACCUUUUGCUACAAC